AUAUCCAAGCUCCCCAUCAGCUGUUCAGUGAACUUACAACACCGCUCACAGGCAGCUCACGGAAUAUAAAGACAAACAAUAUACCAGGAAAUCAAAGUGCCACUUCAGAAACAAAUACUUCUUAUUGGACAUCAAUUACAACAAACUCUUAUGACAUUAAUUUGUGAUUAAAAUAUUUUUCUUGAUGAAAGAAAGUGAUAAGCUUGAUUUAAUAGAUUGGUUUAUCAUCUGAUUGCGAACAACCAAUUGACACAGAAUAUAUAUCUUUUUCAUCAAGACCGAAGGAAACACGCAGUAAAAUCCUCAUCGUUUUCAUAAGUAAAUACUUGCUCAAGUUUCAAGUAGCCAUUUAACUACUUGUGACAAUUGGAUCACAUGCUAGUGGUGCUUGAAGCGAUAGUAAGACAAGGAAAAAACUGGGGUGGAGAACAUUUUCUAUUUGCAGUGUUUAAGUGAGACAUUUGGAUUUUUUUAUUAUUAGCGCAGAAGGUGUCAUGAGAUUAAACUAAUCUAAAGAUUACAGUGAUAGAAAGUGCAGUAUGCCAGAAUCCCCUGAUAUAAAAUCCUCCCUCUCAUACAACUCCCCACCAAGUAUGACCAGUGGGUCCAUACCUGUCCCCUCUACCAGGGAUCUCUCUAGACCCCACUCUGGAAGCAGCAGUCUCUCAGUAAAUGGCAGUCACUCCCCUUUAUCAUUGAUGAAUGGACGAACCCCUUCCCCCUCAGCUCUGGUCAAUUCCUCCAUGAAUCAGCAGCUACCCCCAGCCUGUGGGGCAAGGCAGCUUUCUAAACUAAAGAGAUUCUUGACAACCCUACAACAGUUUGGCUCUGACAUCUCGCCAGAUAUUGGGGAGCGAGUCCGGACACUUGUCCUCGGACUUGUGAAUUCCCAUUUGUCAAUAGAAGAAUUCCAUGCCAAACUGCAGGAGGCAACCAAUUUUCCCUUGAGACCUUUUGUUAUACCAUUUCUGAAAGCAAACUUGCCUUUGCUACAGAGAGAGCUGCUACACUGUGCACGGAUGGCCAAACAGACCCCCCAACAAUUCUUAGCGCAGAAUGAACACAUUCUCUUUGAUGCCUCUAACACCUCCCCAUCAGAGCCGCAGGACAUCUCCGUUGAUGUCAACGAAAAUGGCAAACGUCGCUCCCCCGACAGCCGGAAAGAGAACAAUUUUGAUAUGAGUCUGGACUCAAUGAAUCCCACUAAGCGACAUCAGACAAUAAGUCCCAGGGUUAGCCCUAAUGGUGUACUUAACCUCAAUAGUGGACCAAUCAAAUUGGAGGAUAUUAGUCUGUCACGGGAGCUUAGGGAAAGAGAACGGGUAGAGCGUGACCGCGCAGACAGGGAGAGAACCGAUCGGAGCGGGGACCGACACUACCCUCCCUUCAAUAAUAACUACUCCAGAUCGGAUUCAUUUGACCCUCUGGAAAGGAUGGAUGAUGACUGGAGACAUGUUGAAACUAUGUUGAAUUGUAUUAUUGGUAUGGUGGACAAAACAAAACGAGCCUUAGCAGUGCUACAGGAGCGAAGUUUACGAGAUCGAGAGGAACUCUCACUGUGGAUGAGGCGACAUGCUGAAGGAUUGGAUGUGGACAUGAAGAAGCGAUCCAAUGACCUGAUGGCUCAUACCCUGAGGCAGACGGAAGACCGAGUCACAGACGUACGAAGACGAGCAGAAGAGGCUGUCCAGGAGGUGAAGAGACAGGCCAUGUUAGAAUUACAGAAGGCUGUGACAGCCGCAGAACACAAGGCGACAGAAAUGGUGUCUGCAGAACGGGUCAAGAUGGAACGCUCGCUGUCGGAGACCCGCAAAAAAGUUAGAGAGGAGGUGAUGGCUCAGUUUAACCACCAGGAAGAAUCAAGUGAGAGCUGCUGGAACUGUGGUAGGAAGGCAAGCGAGACCUGCAGUGGCUGUAAUGUGGCUCGAUACUGUGGCUCCUUCUGCCAACACAAGGACUGGGAAAACCACCAUCAUGUGUGUGGGAAGUCAAGCGCAGCAUCAAGCAUCCCAGAGACCCGACCUGACCGCGCCCCGUCUGCUACACACAGUCCUCCACAGCAGAAACACAGCCCCAGUCAAUCAACUGAGGCUUCCAGUCCCCAGCCCUCACUCAGUCCCCGGCGUCCAGUCUCCUCACCCCCCAAGGCAGCCUCACGCUCAAGUACGCCCCCAGAGAAAAAUGUGGAUGUGAUAGGAUAAAAAUAAAUGAACAUAAUCUGACAUCUGUCAUAGGGGUCAGCUUUAUGAAUGGAUCCUAAAAUAAUCAUGUGAUAAUAAUGGCAACUCUUCACACAUUGAAAGACAUCAGUGAGGAAAUAUUCUGUAUCAUUUUGGUUGGACCAAUUUGAAUAAGAAUUUAUAUGUGCAGUGUGCACCCUAUAUACCUGACAUAGACUUACUGUAAGGCUGACAUUCCAUGGUUACACAUGUAAAAAAUCAGGAGAGAGGGCUCACUAUAUUUACCCUCUCCAACUGAGAUUUAUUGCUCUGAAAACUCUCAUUGUAUGCCUUGAAAAGGACUUGUCUUUUAAACUUAUAUAUUGUAAGUUAGUAAAUCUUUCUAGUCAUUACUGAUUGUGACUCUGUGCUCUGUGUUUAGGUUGAUAAUGUUACUUGUUAGGGAAUGGAAAUGAUGUAGAAGUGUGACAUAUCCAGAGGUCAGACUGUGACCCACAAUUAGGUCAAAGGUCAGACAUUGACCCAAAAUGCUUGUCAACUAGCUUUAACUACAUUGUUGUGUACUAACUUGAUGUUGUGUUGUAGGAAAGUCUGUUACAUGUAGGGGGGUUCAGUGUAAGGUUACGUGUGUACAGAUUCGGGGAGAUCUUUUGUGUUGGGUUCACCUCCCAUGGUAUAGAAGGAAGAUUUCCAGUGAAGGACUGAAUGCGACAUGUGUCUGUAUGAUAUUAGAUGUAGACAGAGUUUUGUACUGGAACUCGUUUCUGUGAUAAUUAAUGACAUUUAUUAGUUAGCUACUAAUUUCUACAGUGAGCUUUAACUUGAUAUCCAUGGUAUUUUCAUAAUUAUGUCAAUGUUAAGUGUGCGUAAAAGUUUUUUUUUGUCUGGGUGUAUGUUCAUUGAGUACUAGAGUAAUCUGGUGCUACAUUCUUUGUGGGAAAAGUGCUGAACUUCAUAAAAUAGUUUCAUCAAAAAUAUUUUGUUUUUUUCAUUUAUAAAGAUCAUGAUAUUGCUUUAAUGACUUCCUGUAUUUCACAUUGCUAUUUAAUUUUCAUUAGUCUCCUUCAGUGUAUCAUGUCCAUUAGGAGUUAUAUCUCCUACAUAAUCAGACUCAUUAUCAGUGUACUAGAGAGGAGAGGGCUGACAGCAACCAUUGACACAUGUACCAGAUUUGUCUUACAGUUUAUAUACAUGUAGGCUACCUUAAUAAAUUGUAAUGUAGCCACUUAUUUCUUCGACUCGGACACUAAGGUGAAUGCCAUGCUGAUAUUUGACUCUGAAUUGACAGUAACACAUUUUAAUUCAAAAUUAUAUAAUUUUAAAUUGACUCAGAUGUGGGGUAAGAGGGUAGAAAAUAUAGCAAGUCAUGUAAGUGUAUGGUACAGAGAAUUUGACUGUUUCCUUUUCUAUUUAGUAAUGUACUUCUGAAAUAUUCAGUAUUUUUGUAAGCCUCUGUUUUACAGUGUAAAGGGAGAUAGCUUUUACUAAUUAGGGUAAGCUGGAGGUUAGAUGGUGUGUAAUUUUGUACACUGUGCAAUACUUGAUUGUUAUAUGUUUCUGUCCGGAGCUGACAUUUGUUGUCAUUCUCUAAAAUAAAUACUCAAAGCAAAA